UCUCCUAUUCCCUUGGAAUAGAUAUCACUGACAACAGUCUGUAGCUUGAAUGAAAUAAGGAAAGGGAUAUUUCCGAAGCAGGAGGGUGGCUGAGACAUAGGGAGACUCAUACAACCCUUACGAGAUCUCAAGCAUCUAUUCAAUCAAGGUAGGGAGCUGACGGUUCAAGAGCCAAAACGAAAUACUGCUCAUGUGAUUUAGGUCAAUGUCUGAAGUUUAGAUGUUCGUCAUCCAUCUUGUGAUCGCCGUGUGAUCCAGUGGAAAGGAACUGGAUAGUCACCCACAAGUCAUGCCCUUGAACGUGGAUGAGGAUCUGAGCGCCAAAGAGAACAUGAAUCGGAAAGCGAGAGUCCGGCGUGGAAAUCCUGGAAAAAAAUCAAAUGAAUACAGUUUUGCCUCAGAAGAUACAAAGAUCGCUCCAUGUGAUAAUCAAGAUAUUUCCAAUGUCAACAAUCAACUGUCAAGAAAUUCGGCCAAACGAAAUCUAUCGAAAGAAAUUGACCAAGAAUCGCACAGUGAAACACACGAGUUGUAUGCACGAGAUGAAAAGGGAAACAGAAACGGAAAUAUGGACGGACGUCCCUUUGUUCCUGCCAAGUGCACCUCCACGCCAGCUGUUUUGCCACAAGAUUCAGAUUUUAAACCGAAAUCUCCACAGAAGAGGAAAAAGGCUUGUGAGGAAGGAAAUUCUCUAAAGAGGAUUCCAAGUGGAAGCAAUCUUUCUGAAGGAAACAUUAAUCAUGCAACAUCUUCAACUGUUGUCAGGCAUUUGGCUUUUCCAGAAAACAACAAUGUUGCAAACAAUGAUUUGCUUGAAGAGGAAAAUACAGACAGUGCCAUUUCUGAUGAGGAAAUAGAGAGUGGAUUUGAAAAAUUUAAUAACCGACAGAAAACUCCAAGACGGCCUGUAAGUGUAAACCGUGCAGAAAACAUUGUCUCUCGCACGCCAACUCCCACACAACAGAAAUACAAGAAGGGGGACAUUGUUCAAACAGAGAAUGGUGUGCGCAAAAAAUUUAAUGGGAAACAGUGGAGACGGCUUUGUUCUCGGGAAGGAUGCAACAAGGAAUCUCAGCGAAGAGGUUAUUGUUCUCGUCAUUUGUCAUUAAAGGGCAAGUCAUUGACAAAAGGAGUUGGGAUUCCAGGACAGAAAAAAGGAAAAUUACAUGGGAAAGAGCUCACAUGGGAAUCUGGAAAUGAAAGUGAGGGAAGUGUGGAAGGAGAAGUAUCCAGCAAAGGAAAUGACCAUUACAGAGACUUGAAUAAUAAAGAAGCAGAAGCGGCUUUUUCAUUGGUGUCGCUGAGUAAUUCCAGGUGUGCAACGCCAUUUUCUAACCCAGCCACACCUUUACCCAUUUCACCAGUUCCGGGUCAGUCCCCAUCUCCAUCACCAUAUGGUAACUGCUAUAACCGCAGCUUAACACCAGGCCAGCAUCGUUCUGUAACACCAGUGAAAACCUGGGCUACAACCACACCACGAUCAGGAAGGUCUUCAAGUGCAGAGCUUCGUUCACCAUUCUUCUCAAAUGGUGUGUCAUUAUCAAAUGCAGUUAGUCCAGAUUCUGGUAUUCUCUGUCGUGAAGAGUCUGGAAGUCGUGCUAGUAACACAUCAUCCCUCAUGUCUCCUUUACCAUUGCUCUCACCCAUUACUCCAACAAAGAGAACAUUCUCUCCUAUUUCUCCUCCAGCAGGUACAUGUCGCUCAUUUUCCCCCAUUCCCCGUAUCCCUCCAGCAAUUACAGGCAAAAGGACAGUGUCAUUACCUGCACCAUCAGCAAUUACACCACCCAGAGAUAAAGCAGGAAGAUUGAUGUACUCUCCAAUACCUGCCCAGCCACUGCCAUUGACUUCAAACAGUACAUUUGUCCCUUUUUCACAAGAUACUAACAAGAGAGGUCAAUCUGAUCAGGAGAAAACAAUGGAAAGUGAAGAUGGCAAAAAUUCUCCAUCAGAAACUGUGGAAGAUGGUACUGAAGUAAAAUUGGAAGAGAAUUUGCAACCAAAGGAGGAUCAAGAUGUAUACACAAAAGAUAGACAAACUGAACCAACAGAGUUAACUCCUAAAGUGAUAUUACCUCCAGUUCAACUGAAUACAAUUCAGAUUUCUGUCUAUCCCUGGCAGUGUUUGUUACCGCAACUCUACCAUGUGCCUGUGAACAGCUCGCAUCAGAAGGAAACAUACGAUGUUAAUGUCUCAUCACAUGGAGGACAAAGCACCACUAAUGAGCUGACUAAAAUGGACAGAAAUGAAAACCCAGGAAGUAUGUCACUGGUAGAAGGUGAAGGUGCUAAUCAUGGUAUAGGAGGGGACAGGAAGUUAGAAAACAAAACAUCUGUCACUAGUGGACCAAACACAAGGAAAAGAGCACGGUCCACCUCCUUUAGUUCUCAGGAUGAAGGAAAACCUCCUGCCAAGAUACCAGCACCUAGUUAUCAAGCCAAGCAGGAGAAGGAACAUAUUCGCCGUCCAAUGAAUGCCUUUAUGAUCUUUAGCAAGCGUCACAGGGCUCUUGUUCAUCAGAAACACCCUCACCAAGAUAACAGGACUGUGAGUAAGAUUCUGGGUGAAUGGUGGUACAACCUUCCUGCUAAAGACAAACAGAAAUAUGUGGACCUUGCAGCCCAGGUCAAAGAAGCUCAUUUUAGGGCUUACCCACACUGGAAGUGGUGUACAAAGGACAGAAAGAAGUCUCCUCGCAAAGUCUCUGACAGAACAGAGUCAAGUGAUUCAGUGGGGGGAGAUGGAGUGGAAUUAAACAAUAAUGAAGAACAAGAGGGCGUUUUUGACAAUGAGAAUGACGAAACAAUGGAUGCUAAACCAAGGCUCAGAAGUAAACGUUCAUUGAGCACACCAGCACAUGAACAGGAUCCAUGUCUGAAGGAAGCUGUACACAGGCCCUACACCCCACAGCCAGUCCCAACAACACAGCAUUCACUCUUUGAGCUUGCACAGAUGUGUUCCGAGUUAGAUGAUAAGACCAACCCACCAACGAAGCCCUCAGUGUCAAACAAUAAACACAUCACAUUUGAACAAGGGACCAAUGAUGGGAUGAGUGAAUCAGAGGAUGAUGAUAUUGGCUCCGAGGAACUGAUGUGCAAUGAGAACAUUGAUGUUAAUGACAAAGAGUCGGAUGACUCCGAUGAGGAGGAGCUGACCAACAGGGUGUUUCCACAGCAGAGGUUCUCUCCAGUACCUUUUACGGCAAGACGAAGCCAGACACCAGACCUUGGCAAGAUCAGGUAUUCCCCUAUUGAAUUCCCUGCCAAGAGAGCCGUGACCCCGAACAUCUAUGAACAAAUGAUCUCUAAAAAUCACUCACAGGACAUUUCUGGCAAAACGGCGUCCAAAGUGGUGGACUUUAGUUUCAGGGCACCAAAAGGGCUACCUCAUUCAAAUAAAAGUAUGGACAGAACCACUGAAACUGCACCAUCGCAGAGCAGUCAGUUCGUACGCCCAAAGCUGCCGAUGGCAAAGACGUCCUCUCCAGGACUAAAAGUCAGUGGCUAUUUUCAGCCAACUGGUUCAGUUUUUAGACCAAGCCAACCGUCCAGUGGUACUGCAAGCUCUAAGAAUGCGAUGUGUGCCAAUGAGAGUGCCCCCAAAGCUGCUGUGAGCACAUCUGACGUAUCUCAUGCGUCAUUUUCACAACCGGUGCUAUUCCCAAGUAACUUUACCAAAUACUCUCCCGCUACAAAUUUGUCUUCGACAAGUUAUUCCGCACACGGAUCACAAGUGAAACCAUACAGAGGAACCAGUCAUGCUGGGAUGGAGCCAAGCAAAAGUCAGACCGUCAAAGUGAUGGAAAGUGCGCAAAAGGUUCCAGUCACUGGUCAAAACGAAACAAGGCAAUCACAAGGAGCCACGUGCGUAUCUACCGCUGUUCCACUGGCCAAUCAAGUGGCUUGGGCAGGUGCUUCGGAUUCCAGUUUCUUAUCUCCCCUAACAGUCUCUGUGGCUACUCACACUGCUCCACCAUUUCACAAAAGUAGUAAAACUACACUGGCUCUUUCACCAGUUGCCAAAGGGGUUCAGCUGAAGCCAAUUGCACCAAUGUUGUCCCCUCCGUUGUUGGCCUCAUCUCCCAGUGGGGAAAAAGCAUCCCAGAGAGUUCUUCUCGCCAAAAAGCCAACAGGACACCCUUCAGGAAAAAUGGAGGCAAAUCGAAGUAUGCAACAAGGUUUUCUCUCCCAUGGAGGGUUGGGUUAUUGCAAUAUAAGCCCCGCUGAACUACAUGCGGGUACUCCACUUCUACAAAACCCGCCAAAGCCAGCACAAGGCUCCUAUCACCGACAAGCUCAUGUCGGCAACAGUAACGUGCCACCACGAUCCGCCCCGCUGUCUCCGAAGGUGCCGUCAGCCAGUGCGUCCCUCUUGUCCCCAAAAGGGGGUAAAGGUAUCCCAGAGACCUUUCCCAAAACUGAGGCUGCUGCGACCUCAACAAGUUAUGCACAAGGUCACCCAAGCAGCCACAGACAACCCAGCAAGCCUCAGCCUGAUAACUGCAGUGAAGGACAAGCAAAUCUUGAGAGAAGUGAUAUACACACAACCCAGCAAAUAGGAAAGCCUAUACUCAAGAGGUUUAUAGCUGACGGAAUGGAGGAAGUCUUAUCUGAGGUGAAUUUCGAGAGGCAAUUUGCGCAGCUUCCCGAAUAUUCACCUUACCAUCGCCAAGCUCGGGAUGGCAGGUCAACAAACAACAAGCGUGGGGUCUUGACAGCAAGUAAACCGAACGCUGACGAUUCUGGCAGUCAAUCACCUUCUCAGGAAAGGUCGUCUUCUGGUACCGGUUCAUCAGAAGAAAUCUUCCAUGGCGCAGGUCACCGCACAACGAGCAUGCCAAGUCUUGACGCGCUGGCAGAGGUCGCCGUCCUGGAACAAGGACUGAAGGAUGCUGAUAGGGAAGACAAGACAGAACCAGGCAGUCCCACUCUCUCUCCUCAUAAGAAGCCAAUGGAUCAGAGACGUGCCGUGGUUCUUCAGCUGUUUCAGGAUCAUGGCUACUUCCCUUCUGAUGCAGUGACGACUGUCUGUCAGCAGCGGAAUGCAGAUCUCUUCCAGACGAAGGGAGCGCUGCAACUCAAGAUACGAGAAGUGCGACAAAAGAUCAUGCACAAGAGUGGUGGAGGAAAUAGCAAUACAUGGACAUGAUUGCAUAAAAUGUUCGUAGUUUGGCCGAACUCUAGUACCCAGUUGACGUGCGUUCAAUUUAUAUAAGGACAGCUAUACAAAUGGCAAGAAGUAGGACACAUUGACUCUCUAUAAAGUAUGUUACUUAGUGCCAUUUACUUACAGGACUUCCAUACGUUGUCCACCCCCUAAAAAGCACUUAACUACUAUAGGAAAGUACCGUAUUUCCUCGAAUAGAUGCCUGGGCGCUUAUUUACAAUUUCGGCUUAAAGGAGGGGCGCUCAAUAGAGGAAGGUGCUUAAUCAAGGGGUGUGCUGUGUGCUUAUCAAGAAAUUAUUCACCUGUACUGAUUCCGUGGCAGGUUUUCCUUGUAUCCCUACCAUUUAAGAAAUAAGGGAAAAGGGUGGGUGCUUAUUCUAGAGGGGCGCUUGUUUGACAGAAUGACCUCGUGGGUUGACGCUUAUUUUGGGAAGGACGCUUAUCAGAGCGUUCACAUAUAUUCGAGGAAAUACGGUAUUCCCAUAACUAUACAUAACAGGUUAUUUAUCUUCUUUCACCGGUGAUUUCUGCUGUGAUUCCAGUAAAUGGACUUCGUUAUAGCAUUAUAUGAUAAGCUGAAAUAUACACGCAAUUUGAUUGGUUCUUACUUACGAUCUAUUUAAGGACAGACGUAUAGAUGACGUCAUCAUUAACAUUCUGCUUCUUUUAUCUUAUAAAACAAAUAGACUGCAUGUUGCCAUGGGUCUGUGCAAUAACAGAUAACAGAAGACGUCAAAUGUAGUGAGGAUAUCAGGGACGCACUCAGCUGCGCCCCUUUUUUGUUCGUACCACAUUUUGAUGUCAUCUGCGAACUUUUACUGAACAGGCGCUUAGCAACUUGGAAUCUGCAUGUUUAAUAUAGUUCAGUUAGUACGCCCCGCAGUGGUGUACUUCUCGUGUUUGUGUUACUGAAAGCUUAUGAUGUAGUGUUACAUAUGUAAAUUAACUUCCAUUAAGUUGUUGCAGUGGAGACAGGUCUUGCUAUGUGUAGGCCAAAAGCAGUUUUAGAACUGUACUUAGCCUAGCUUUCUUACCGUUAAGGUAUAUUGCUAUUUUCAAAGGAGACUUGUGCGAAUUGUUGCUUGUUUUGUUAUUGGUCACCAUAAGGUAUUUAUUGACUGCGUGUUAGUCGCCAUUUUGAAUGUUAUUGAUUUAGUGCUCGGUCCUUCAACGAUUGUUUGCGAAGGAGGAACUCGAAACAUCUUCGGAAGAUUCCAUUCAAAAUGGCGUCUGACACGUGUUCAUUAUUGAGUGAACUUGUUGUAUGGUGUGUUUUAUUUAUUGAGUUCAGAGACGUGGUGUGUAUAGUUGUAAGAUAAAUGCGAUGGCUUAAGUGAUUUGAGGAUGGAUGUACAUAUGAUGGAUUAAUUUGUUUUUAUCGCCCAUAGAUAGUUAUAUAGUAUGGAGUCUGUGGUUAUGGAAUUUUAAUGAUUAAUGAAGUAAGGUAUCAGUAUGGAGUUAGAAGGACAGAUUUUCAGCUAAUUAUGCUUUUAAUGAUAGUAUUGCGUGAUUAUGAUUAAGGUUGUGUCAUUUUUGCCUUUCCACAUUCAAAGAACUUUACAUUAGUUGCGUGACAGAGAGUGUUUUAAAUUUUUUUUAUUACAUCUGAAUGAGCGUGACUUACGUGACUCUUCAGUCACUGGAGGCUAUGGCGGCUCUGUGAGAUUUAAUCGAGUUUUUGCUUCUCUUUGAUCGAUAAAUUCGCAACUUAGGUGAUAAAAUACCCAAAUGCAUCGGAUGAACCGAAUAAUUUGAGAAGUGGCCACUAUCUCAUAGUGCCGUCAGUCCGUGGCAUUUAACGAUGCAUGGCAACCAGUAGGGGCGAGAAGUGUAAGCAGCAGGUUGGAAAAGCGCGCUCUUGAUUGGUUUCGCAUUUUUACUUGACCAAUCAACGUCUCGGAAACUCCUGCGCGACAAACUGUACUUCUCACUUCAGUGGUACUAAGGGAAAGAUUUUCCUUUUUUUUUUCUUUUUUUUUCGUUUUGUAUUAUCAUUAUUAUUCAUUAUGAAGUAAACAUUUUUUUUCGUAACCGUACCAUCCCUCUUCAAGUGAUAGGUCUCAAUGAAGUAUGUUACAGAAUGUUAGACGCAUAUUUUGCUGGUGAGUGUAAUUUGGGAGCCGCUCUGAAAAUAGUGGUCAUUAAAUUAGCAUUUGGAUAUAGGCUUAAAUGUGAUUACUGAAUGGUUUUUUUUUUUGUUUAAUAUGUAUUUCUAGCAAAAAUGUUUGCAUUUGAACACAGCAUGUUUUGCCACUGUUGGUGACCUUUUUUAUGCUUGUGUGUGCAUUCGUUCGUGCGUGUGCGUGUGCGUGUGUGCGUGCGCGUUCGUGUACGUGCGUGUGUAUGCUAGGAUAGCCUUAAUGUCUUAGUUUGCGGUCGAUUUAUAACCAGAGCAUUUCUGUGAUCGUAUUUAAUUCUUUUACAUCGUUGAGAGGCGCUCCUUACGGUGCACAAUUUAUGCUCUAAUUGUGUGAGUUUUGUAAUCCCAAUCAGGAAUGUGCGUUUAACUUUUGUGACUUUGAUGUUAUUAGUAUUCUUGAUUUCAGAGACCAAAGUCUUAGGACUGCGCAUGACCAUAACUCGUCGUCAGUCAUGCGCACUAGAAUAGAAUACUGGAUUGGAGUUAAAUCAAUGGAUUCUGUGUAAUUUUCCGACCCUAACACGUAGAUAAUAAGGCACCAGCUGUUUCCUGCCUAAUGUAAUUAUUAAGCUCUAAUAAUAACAAAUUAAGAAUACAGAAGUCUUAACUAGACAAAGAUGGGAAACAACUCAGAACAUAAUUGUUUUGAAUGGAGACAAAAAUGUCAGGAAUUUGCAAAGUUUUCAUUUUGAUGGACUAUAUCUAUUUACUACCUUUGCGUUCAAAACAACGUUUUCAAGAUUCUUUUUGCUCUUUUGUUUUUUUUUAUAUAUAUAUAUAUAUAUAUAUAUACAAAUAAUAACAUUUUUAUUUCCAGUAUGUGAUUUUUAUUUUCUACAUUUUUGAAUUUGGUGUGGUUCCAUAUUUUAUCUCCUCCUAAUGUUAUUGCUCAUAACUAGUUACCUCUGGCAAAAAGAGAGAGAUUGGGAACGAAAGAAAGACCAAAUUUCGAUGUUAUCCGGCUAUUGCUCGGCAAACGUUCGGAAGCUCGCCUCUAGCGUUGCCUUGUUUAUUCCAUCGCUCGGAUGACCGGCGUACAUAGGGAAGAAGUGGGCGAAGGUCAUUCUACAGCCUAGAGCUGUCUUUUGGAACGUUACAAGUUGAAUUUGACUUUCUUUCGUUUCAUCUCUUUGUACAGCAGGUACGCAGGUUACCGUCGAGAGUCUAGUAAUACUGAAAGUGGAUAAAUGACAGUGAGGCCAGUGGAAAGAACUAGUUUAAUUGCCUUAGCUGUAGUUAGAAGCAGAUUGAUUCGGGUCUCGAUCGUUUGUUAUUUAUCGUAACCUCUUCUGUUUCAUGCUAUGAAAAGACAAUUUAGAGUUACUGAUUAAUUGAAAAACCUUAUACUGGAACGAGGUUUGGUCAAGCAAUUAAAGAGAGAUUUUAUGAA